AUGAUGUUUUCACAAAUUGCCUUUCUAGCGUUCGCUCAGUUGGUACUUGCUGCAUCAAGAACCUCACCGCCCACUGGUUGCAUAGUCGUCUCACCUAGCGCUACUUCAGGUCAAUACUCUACACUUCAAUCGGCCGUUAGUUCAUUGUCCACGACUUCCUCGGCAGCUCAAUGGAAGAGUCAGGACGACUCGGCCAACAAUGACGCCACAGCUACUAUCCGUGCCUUUGCAGUUGGGUUGAAGAUCUAUAAUAUCAACAUUGCCAACACAAGAGGGAAGGGAUCGCAGGCUGUUGCAUUGAGCUCCCAGGGUGACCAGCAGGGUUUCUAUGGGUUAAAGUUGACAGGCUACCAAGAUACCGUUCUCGCAAAUGAAGGGUUUGCGGUCUACGCCAAAAGUUACAUAGACGGUGCAACCGACUUUAUCUUCGGUCAACGACAAAGGGCUUGGUUUGACGGUGUCGAUAUUCGUGUUAAAGCCAAUGGUUGGGUAACAGCCAAUGGCCGUGAUUCGGAGAGUAACGUAUCAUACUACGUUUUUAACAAAUGUACCGUCGAGGCAGCGUCUGGAUAUACUGUUACUGCUGGUACACAGUACCUAGGAAGACCCUGGCGUGAUUAUUCGAGGGUCGUUUUUCAAAAUUCCGCCCUCUCAGCCGUCAUAAACUCAGCCGGAUGGAGUGUAUGGAGCAGCUCAGAUGCGAAUACCGAAUAUGUCUAUUACAAAGAGUUUGGGAAUACCGGAACUGGUGCCAGUGGAACUCGUGCCAGCUUUUCUGGUAGCUUGUCCGCUGCUGUCAGCAUUUCAACUAUUCUUGGAUCGUCCUACACCAGCUGGGUGGACACCUCCUAUCUGUCGUAA